CUCUUAGUCUGCCUCAUUACGUCGGCGGAAGCGUUUUGAACGUUCGUGAGCGAGGUCACAUUGGUUGAGUUUUGUAAUGUUAUGAGAAUCAUGGCCACAAUGGAGGCAACAAACACAGAUGAGAUUAAGCUGAGACAUGUGGAGACAGAUGUUCUGAUCCCCAAGAUGAUGAGGGAGAAAGCCAAGGAGCGCUGUGCUGACAAGGUGGAAGCCUUCAACCACUGCUGUAAAGACUCGGGUUUCUUCAUGGUGUUUAAGUGUCAAGAGGAGAAUGCAGCGCUGAAGGAAUGUCUGACGCUACACUACAAGGACCCUACGUUUUUUGAAGAAUGCAAACAGGAGUACAUCCGAGAAAAACUGGAGUUUGAGAGGACAGGAAUCCCAACCAAGAACAGGACACAGAAGCUUCCGACUAGCAUGUGAUAACCACUCGUCUCCGGAGGUGUGCAGCCUCAGACUGCCACUGAACCUGCUUCACAUCCUGCACCAAGACAGAGUGGCAGUAAGCCUGUGUGUUUGAUUUAAAUCUGUGGAAUUAAUUCGGUGUAUAGGAGUGGCAUAUAAUCAAAAUGUUUUUUAAUGUUUGGUUCAUUUGCAAAACAUCAGACUGUCACAAAUGUUUCAAUUAAAUUCCCUCACUUGACUGAAUCAACAAGUGUAGUCAAAGCAGGAAGAACUGCACCAUGAUACAGCCAGACUUCUGGAAGAAAAGUGCAGUUCUUGGGCUUUGGUGGCCGCCGACUGCUUUGUCACGUGUUUAUUUACAUGCAAUGACGGCAGAACUGGUUAUGAAGAGUUGACUUUGCGGCUUUUGUUUUGCCGCGGAGCUUUAAAAAAAUCACCUGCUGAAGAAUUGUGUAUUAAUUUACAGUGAAUCUGAAGACUCGGGGACUGGUACAGUGAGAGAAUUCUGACGUUUAACCGAGAAUGUGAUCAUGUUGGGUUGUAAAUAAUAAAAUUUCAAUAGCAGUAAA